AUGGCAAAUAUCGAAGUGAACAAUGAAAUCCGGCAAAAUGUGGAAACUAUUGAGCAACCGGGACAGCCGGAUAAUUCGCAAAAUGAGCAGAUACGCCAGUUAAGGGAGAUGGACACCCGAUUACUGACAAUUCUGGAAAAACAAGAGUUGAACAAGGACAAUGAGGAGGGAAAAUUUUAUAAGAGACUCGUGGCUCAUAAGCCACGAGGAUAUGAUGGUGAAGUAGACCCAGUGAAGUUCGAAGAAUGGGUAGCCUAUAUGGAAAAACUACUAGAAGUAGUGAGUUGUCCCGAGAAUCUGAAAGUAAAAUUGGCAUCUUUCUACUUGGAGGGACCUGCUGAUAUGUGGUGGGGUACAAUCAAGAAAACCUCUACUCAGGCUAUUUCUUUUUGGGAAAUGUUCGUAGAAAAACUGAGGAAUAAGUUUUUCCCUCCAGCUUUGAGAAGGAAGAAAGAGAAUGAGUUCCUAUUCUUGAGACAAGGAAAAAUGUCAGUGGUAGAGUACGCUGCCAAGUUUGUAGAGCUCUCGAGAUUUGCUACAGAUUUCACCAGUAAUGAAAGGGUGAAGUCCAUGCGUUUCUUUGAAGGAUUAAACCUGAAAUAUCAUAAGAGAAUCGGGGUUUACAGUAGUUUUGAGGACUUGUAUGACCGAGCUUUGGAGCAUGAACGCAUUGAACAGAAGGAUGAAAGUUCGAAAAGAAAGAAGAAGGGAAACGAAAAGUCUAGAGAAGGAGGUAAUAAGAAAUUCAAGUCAGAUACAGCCUGGACGUCUAUGGCUAUAGUCCCUACAAUAGCUGGAGAAGGAGGGAAAAAGGAAUGGAAGUGUCGCCGCUGCGGAAAGGAGCAUUAUGGAAAAAAUUGCGAAGGUUAG